CUCUAUAACGCGGAGUUAGUGUGGCGGCAGCGGCAGGAGCAGCAGCAACGGCGACAUGGACGACGAGGAGGAGACGUACCGGCUGUGGAAGAUCCGCAAGACCAUCAUGCAGCUGUGCCACGACCGCGGCUACCUGGUGACCCAGGACGAGCUGGACCAGACCCUGGAGGAGUUCAAGGCCCAGUUCGGGGACAAGCCGAGCGAGGGGCGGCCGCGACGCACGGACCUGACCGUGCUGGUAGCUCACAACGACGACCCCACUGACCAGAUGUUUGUCUUCUUCCCAGAGGAGCCCAAGGUGGGCAUCAAGACCAUCAAGGUGUACUGCCAGCGGAUGCAGGAGGAAAACAUCACCCGCGCGCUCAUCGUGGUGCAGCAGGGCAUGACGCCCUCGGCCAAGCAGUCGCUGGUGGACAUGGCCCCCAAAUACGUGCUGGAGCAGUUCUUGCAGCAAGAGUUGCUCAUCAACAUCACAGAACACGAGCUGGUCCCUGAGCACGUGGUCAUGACCAAGGAGGAGGUGACAGAGCUGCUGGCACGAUAUAAGCUGCGGGAGAACCAGCUACCAAGGAUCCAAGCAGGGGACCCUGUGGCACGCUAUUUCGGCAUAAAACGGGGGCAGGUGGUCAAGAUCAUCCGACCCAGUGAGACGGCGGGCAGGUACAUCACGUACCGGCUGGUGCAGUAGCCGCAUGCAGGUGUCCAACGACCUGGCUUCCCCAGAUCCAGCCCUACUCAAGGCACCCCAAAGGCAGCAGCCCCGUCUCUGCUGUCCUGUACACCCCAAGACUGGCACUUCCACCUCUGCUGUAGGUCACACGCACGGGGCCCACUUGGGACUACAGGGCCCUGGGCAGGAGCCAGUGUGGUCAGCUGGCUGGCAGGUGGGAUCUGGCAUGUGCGGUCUGCCCCUAACCCGCUCUCUGGGUCUGUGGGCCAUGGGUACUCUGCGGUCAGCAGGUGCAGGUCCCAGCGCCGACCCCAGGGCCAGAGAUUGUGAGUGAAUAAACUCUUCGUUUGGAAA